AUGCCUUCACGCUAGUGGGACAGAAUUUUGGUUGGAAAUUGCUGUGUAGUGACUGUGACCCUUUGGGUGCUGUCUAUUUGGCAGCUCCUCAGGUUCAAAGCAGUUAUUUUCUGUGACUACAGUACUGAGACAGUGAACAUUUUGGAAGCAAUUAAAAACCCUACUUUUGAACAGGUUAUAGUGGGUAAACAGGGCCACUCCUAAAAGGAAUGUGCACCUGAUACUGUGAAUGGUAUGUGUUUCUUUCCUUUUGCUACCAUUUCCCAAAAAAAAUUACAGGCUUCAAUAGAAAUCUGGAUGUGCUCCAGAGAAAGGAAAAUUCCUACUUUCAAGCCUCCCCAAAUUCUGAAUUGUAAUGAAAAUCUGGACUCCUUAGCAUCACAGGUUGAAACUGUGAGCUCCAGGAAGGUUUCAGUUAUUUCAAGUAACACUCAAAUCCUCAGCUCCAUGACAGACCAGAUGACCAGACAAAACAUCACCGCGCAGAUUAUGAAAAAGCCAAAUGUUUCAGAAGACUUUCAGGCAUCUGUGGCAGUAAUGGCUACAGUGAGUCAAAUCUUGGAUGCCAAAACAGAAUUCAUCCACAAUAGUCUUGACAAUGCUACAACCAGCCUCAUGAAAGCAAUGGAGAAAUUUUCUUUCACUGGUAGCAUCUCACAGCCCAAUGUUGCAAUCCAGUCUGCUCCACUGAAAAUAAGCUCCUCUAUGAUUAUGUUUUUGGCACAGAGAAGUAAGUCCUGUGUGUUUAUCAGUCAACAAAAAGAAGUACAGGAAAAUGCUCCUGGGCUUAUUGGUGACCUCAGUACUGAAGUUCAGAUACUGUUCAACAUUUUAAAUAAAACCAUUUUGUCCUUUGACUUCCUCCACCAGGAACUGAUGCCAGAUGUUACUGCUUUCUUGCAGACAAUGCUCUUAUGUGAGUGUCCAUUUGCCAAACCCCCUGAAUUUUUAGAUAAUAUGUACUCAAAUUUGGCAUGGUUUCUCCAGAAAACAAAUGUCACAUCUGAACUGCAGCUGUGUGGUCACACCUGUGUCUUUUGGGAUUACACUGUCAAUGAUGCAGACGAAGAAGUCAAAAUUCAGAAUGCUCACCAGUAUGAAAAGCUAAAAGUUGCUUUAAACAGAAACUUUAAAAAGAACUAUAUAUCUUCUCAUCUCACACAACUGAUACCAUUGCUUUUCUGGGCAUUUCAUAUAAAAUAUAAAUAGGAAAAGCUUUUGCAUUAUAUUUCUUAUAUUGCUGUUGGAUUGUCCAUGGCUGGUCUGGUUAUUACAAUUUUGUUUCAAGGUAAGAGGGAAGAUGUUAAACUACAAGUAUUUUACACUAAGAAAACUCAAAACUUAUCUGUAAAGUGGAUAUUAGUGAGUCUCUGCUUUUCUAUGCUCAUUUUUAACAUCAUCUUCAUCUCUGGAACUGAAAGCCAAACUUCCAGAAAGUGCAGCAACGAAACCACCAGAUGCUACCAGCAAUAUCUUCCUUAUGAUGCCGCCAGUAACCUUACCUCUGACACGGUGGAUACUCCCACAGACACCUUGUGCACAGUUGUGGCUGUCCUGCUGCACUGUUUCCUGUUGGCAACAUUCCUGUGGUCAGCACUCAGUUCUGCACUGCUGUACUCCUUGCUGCUCAGAGCCACGAAGCCACUGCCUGGACAUUUCCUCAUAACCAUGUCAGUAAUCGGAUGGGAAAUGUAUACUUUCAGCAGGCAGAAAAUGAAUUCCAUUUGUUACAAUGGGUCAGACUUUGUUCAAGUGCAUAUCAAUGAAUGUAUUCAGAUUUUCGUCCCCCUUUUUGGAUCGCAGUGUCACUCAACUUCAAUGACAGUUAUUCCCAAUUUAAAUCCCUACAAGAACAAAAAGGAUUCAUUAAAGAAAAAUAUGAUUAGCACUGUCUCUAUAGUGGCAAUGCUUGGGAUGAUUGGCUACCUCACGUUAAUAAGUAAUGAAACAACAAGUUUUGAUUUCAGCUUUCAGUUUUGCAUUUUGAAUGCUACCCAAGAACUCCAGAUUUGUAUUCUGUUCACUUUCAGAACAUCACUCUCCAAGACAAAAGUUUUCAAAGUUCCCAUUUUCCAGGUACCACUGUAUCUGCAUUAAGAAACAUAAAAUGUUUCAAAAUCACAGCCUGAUAAACAUUCACAGGAAACUUUCAGAUCAACCCAGACUUUUUCAGACAAUAUUUCCUUGUCUACCUUCCCUAACUGGAACUGGAAAUCUGCAAAUCCGUGAAACACAAUCCUGCAUUGCUCAUGGUUUGUUUCACACAGCUCUCAUGGGUACCUGGAAUG